AACCGUCCCACCUGAUCGGGUAACGUCCGCUCCUGCGCACGUUAGAAACCUUAACGGAGAGCAUGCGCCGAUUAAGGUCGAAACGGUUUUCCUUCAAUUAGGGUUCGUCUAAAUUACGCCACCGUGAGAAGUUCACCCCCCCUUCCUUUGUCGCGUGCGCCGUUUGAUCCGGAGUGCGCAGGGAGCGCAGAUCAUCCCGUGCGCGAAAAAGCAGGCUCUGAAAUCACGACCCAGGCGAAAAAACCAUAACAACGGCAGAAUGAAAGCAACCGUCGUAUCCAACGGCUCACAUCGCGUGCGCUCGAUAACCCCGUGCAUCCCGUCGGUGCACGUUAGCCUCUACCGUUAAUAGACAGCCACUCUCCAUGCGCGUUACUCCUCCCUCUCUCCUCCCAUCAUAGAUUUUUUCCAGCUUUCACCCUCCAAAGAUCUACCAUCUUCCCUUCAAAAUGGACUCAUUUUCAUCCGAUUUGAUUGAGUUAGGUCGAAUUUGAGAUAUGAUCGGAUGUGAUUGAGAUUAGUCGGUUGUAUCGGACAGUGAGGUCGUAGGAGAUGGAGAAUCCGUCUCGGCCAGCUCCUCGGCGGGACCCAUAUGAAGUGUUGGGGGUUUCUAGGGUUUCGACGGACCUGGAGAUCAAGACAGCUUACAGGAAGUUAGCUCUAAAGUACCACCCUGACAAAAAUGUUGGCAACCAUGAAGCUUCAGAAAGUUUUAAAGAGGUUGCUUAUUCGUAUAAUCUUUUAUCAAGUCCAGAUAGAAGACAGCAUUAUGAUAGUGAUGGAUUUGAGGCAUUAUAUUUACGGUCACAUUUGUAUAUAAUGGAAAGAAUAUCCGAAGAAUCAGGGCUAGUGAUGGAAGCUUCUGAUACGGGUACCGAUCUGUCACCAGACGAUAUUGGCACUGUAGAGGAAACACCUGAGGAAACAAUUUUAUCGCGGCAAACUUCUGUAAAUCUUGUUCCUUUUAUUGGCCAAAGGUUUGUUUCUCAAGACGCCGCUUAUGAAUUUUAUUGCAGUUUUGCUAAGCAAUGUGGUUUCACCAUUAGACGCCAUCGUACUAGAGGAAAAGAUGGUGUUGGCAGGGGAAUCACCAGAAGGGAUUUUACCUGCCAUCGUGGCGGCUAUCCACAGCUGAAGCCAUCCGAUGAAAGCAAACUACAUAGAAAUCGGAAAUCGUCACGUUGUGGGUGUCCGGCAUACAUGCGAAUCGUCAAAAGGGCAGAUUUUGACGUUGCUGAAUGGCGUAUUACAGGCUUCAGCAACACCCACAAUCAUGAACUCUUGAAAUCGAAUGACGUUCACCUCCUUCAUGCUUAUUGUACCAUAUCGGCAGAUGACAAAAGCCGCAUUUGCAUGUUCACCAAAGCUGGGAUGUCAGUGCGGCAAAUGCUAAGGCUAAUGGAACUAGAGAAAGGUGUGAAACUAGGAUGCUUACCAUUUACGGAAAUUGAUGUGAGAAACUUAUUGCAGUCUUUUAGAAAUGUGGAUCGGGAUGAUGAUGUCAUUGACUUUCUCACAAUGUGCAAGACUAUAAAGGAUGAAGACCCCAACUUCAAGUAUGAUUUUAAAAUAGACUCACACAACAGAUUGGAGCAUAUCGCUUGGUCAUAUGCUUCAUCAGUUAGAUCAUAUGAGGCAUUUGGAGAUGCAGUGGUUUUUGACACGACACACCGUUUGGAUGCCUAUGACAUGCUGCUCGGAAUCUGGAUUGGAGUGGAUAAUCAUGGCAUGAAUUGUUUCUUUGGCUGCGUGCUACUACGGGAUGAAAAUAUGCAUUCCUUCUCAUGGGCGUUGAAGACAUUUUUGGGUUUCAUGAAAGGAAAAGCUCCACAAACAAUCUUGACUGACCAAAAUAUUUGGCUUAAGGAGGCCAUUGUUGCUGAAAUGCCAACCACCAAACAUGCUUUCUGCAUUUGGCACAUCGUUGCAAAGUUCGCUGAUUGGUUUUCAGCACUUCUUGGGUCGCAAUACGAUAACUGGAUGGCCGAGUUCCAUCAGCUCUAUAGCAUGGAGACAGUUGAGGACUUUGAAGUAGGAUGGAAGGAGAUGGUUAACACAUAUGGACUGCAUAUGAAUAAGCAUAUUCUCAGUUUAUAUGCAUUACGGACAUUUUGGGUGCUACCAUACUUGAGAUGCAACUUCUUCUCGGGAAUUAAUACUACUCUCCAAUCAGAGUCCAUAAAUACUUUCAUCCAACGAUUUUUGAGUGCACAAUCACAUCUCAAUCAUUUUGUAGAGCAAGUGGCUGUUGUGGUCGAAUUUAGAGAUCAAGCGGGAGUGAAACAGAAGAUGCAACAGAAGCUUCGCAAAGUCGGUCUUAAAACGGGUUCACCAAUUGAAUCGCAUGCAGCAACCAUUCUUACACCUCAUGCAUUUUGUAAGCUCCAAGAAGAGCUUGUGUUAGCUCCACAAUAUGCAUCAUUUCAGCUGCAAGAUGGUUGUUUUCUUGUGAGACAUCACACACAGAUGGAUGGAGGGUGCAAAGUGAUUUGGGUCCCUCGAGAAGAGCUCAUUAGCUGUAGCUGCCAUCAAUUCGAGUUUUCAGGUAUCCUUUGUCGGCAUGUUCUUCGUGUCCUCUCAACAAAUAACUGCUUUCACAUUCCAGACCAAUAUCUACCCAUCCGUUGGCGUGGGGUCACUUCAUCUCCUACAAAGCUCUUUCGGGCUUCUCUGAGGGAACAUGCCGAUCGAGUUCAACUACUGGAAUCCAUGGUUUCUUCUCUUAUUUCAGAAUCGGUUGAGUCAGAAGAACGGCUUGAUUUUUCUUCUGAGCAAAUUGCUAUGGUGUUAUCUCGGAUCAAGGAAUUCCCUAGGUCCGUGCAUGGAACGAUCGAUAUUGCAUAUGGUAGUCCCACUGACUCGCUGAUUCUACCGGAGGUGGAGGAUUCCGAUGUUUUUGUUCAGAGCUUUGCGUCUGUGAAUCAUGAAGCUGUUGCUUUAGGAAAGCUGAAACAAAGAAGAAUGAGAGAUGUGGUUGAGAUUUCUAGGAAACGGAGGCGCUGCCCUGUACCUUGCUGUGGGCAGUUUGGACAUGAUGUGGAUGACUGCUCGAUAAUGGAAGAUGAAAGCUUGAACAGCGAUGUGCUGGGUUUCUUGUAGAGUUAGAUGUUGGAUAAUGGGGUAGGGUUCCCAUGUACAAGUAGUGUUACACUGAUCAAUGUUCAUACAUCAAUUGCAAGCUUGCAACACAAUUUUUUUCUCUCUAAUCCCAUUGCAAUCAUACAGUUAGUCUUUUUGUCACCUCUGCUAUUUGCAGCUAACAAUGUACACUCUCUCGGCAUUUACGAAUAAAGAAGUUCCAUGCACGAAUUA